AAAGGCUCCUGCCUGGGGGCGGCGCUGGCCCUGCUGCUGCUGCUGCUGCCUGCUGGCUGCCCGGUGCGGGCGCAGAACGACACGGAGCCCAUUGUGCUGGAGGGCAAGUGCCUGGUAGUGUGCGACUCGAGUCCGUCGGCGGACGGGGCGGUCACCUCCUCCCUGGGUAUCUCCGUGCGCUCCGGCAGCGCCAAGGUGGCCUUCUCCGCCACGCGGAGCACCAACCACGAGCCGUCCGAGAUGAGCAACCGCACCAUGACCAUCUACUUCGACCAGGUAUUAGUAAAUAUUGGCAACCAUUUCGAUCUUGCCUCCAGUAUAUUUGUAGCACCGAGAAAAGGGAUUUAUAGCUUCAGCUUCCACGUGGUCAAAGUGUACAACAGACAAACCAUCCAGGUCAGUCUAAUGCAGAACGGCUAUCCGGUCAUCUCAGCCUUUGCAGGAGACCAGGACGUUACCAGAGAAGCUGCCAGCAACGGCGUCCUGCUGCUGAUGGAAAGGGAGGACAAAGUGCAUCUCAAACUGGAGAGGGGGAACCUCAUGGGAGGCUGGAAGUACUCCACGUUCUCUGGCUUCUUGGUUUUUCCUCUAUAAACACAGAGCCCCCCAGACGGUGGGGAAGUUGCAAUCUGGACCCAGGAAUCUGCCCUUCCUGCACAGCCUGAACUUGCCAGAAUAGGACCACUUAUUUCCCACCUCCGUCAGACGGUUGAGGUUGAAGAAUGAUUUCCUUCUAAAUAUCCAGUAUUUUCUUCGAAUAUUGACCAUUCCUCGGGAACCCGGCUUCUAAUUAGUUUUAGACGACAAGGUCUGAAGGAGAAAUGAAAUUAUCGAUUUGAGCAAUUUGUACCUGUGAUUGUAAAGUCAAUAUUGGAUCUUAUUGUUGGGACCAUUGACUUGUCUUCUUUUGUUUGUCGGUUGUGUUGUUGCCCCACGCGAGGAGCGCCGCUGACCCCAGGAUGGAUGGCAGGUCGCAGGCACGGCUCAGAGCGGGAGCCCAGCAAAUCACCACCCGCCGGAGAGCCCUUGAAACGUGUUCUUUGUGUGUCUGUUCAGCCUUAAGGAAAAGAAUGGCUUCACUUUCAUUCUGUAUCUCCCCCGGGUGGACGGGAGGCCUCGGGAGGGGGAAGGGGACAUUGUGAAUCUGUCAAGAAGUGCUUUAUCCGGAGAAGCAGAUUUUGCACGAUUGGACUGCGACUUUUGCAUUGUAGUGUGUGUGUGUGUGUGUGUGUGUGUGUGUGGUUUUGUUUUGUUUUUUCCUGGAGAAGCUUUACUUUUCUUUCCACAUUCAGCUCUCCCUCCUUGCCCCUACUUCUAUUCUUUUGUGCUGGGAGGGGGGAGAGAAAUGUAUGUUGAAUUCUUGAAUGAGACCAAACAAAACAACACAAGAAAUACCUAUGUAUUUUGUUUUGGUUGAGACCAAACCAAACAGCAGGUACCUGUAUAUCGAAGUACAAAUAACAGAUGGACCAUUCUGCUGCUGCUUUCCAAGAGAUUCUCUCAGACGCACCUUUAGAACUAACAAGCUGGAUUUUUCUUUCUUCUUCUUCUUUUUUUUAAUGCUCUGGAAUACUUUAAGAACUUGAUGUUCCUGGGGGGCCUGAAUCAUGUCAGAUGAGGAUGGAAGCUGUAAUGAUCCGUCUCUUAAACACAGGCGUUCUUGGCCCAGUGUACCUGGGUCUUCCCAGCAGCCUGUUUCCACCUAUUUUCAUCCACCUCUGCGCCAGCCCACCAGGAUCAGGUGCUUCAAAGCCAACAGGACUGGCCAGCCUCCCUCGGGAUCCUCUGAUCUGCUAAGGAGAGAAGCGUGUGGACACUCCCUGCGAACACCUGGCAAGAAGCCACCUGCAAGUCCCAGCCCUUACAGGUAUUGGCGGAGCCACCCUGGGAACAGUUUUGCAAAUCCUUCCUGUUUUGGCCCCUUGUACAACAGUCAUAUUACAAUACAGCUGGGAGUCGAUGGGUGCAGGAUUCACAUGCCGAGGAAAUGUUACUAAAUCCCAAAGCAAUCGAAGAAGAGACCUCACAGCGGAUGUUAAUUUGUCCUUGUGUCACAAUGUAACCAAAAUAUUGAUGAUAAAAAGUCAUAAUUUAAGAUUCAGAAUAAAUGGGUUUGAUGUCUGCCUUGUUCUUCUCCCUUCACAUCGUCUCCCAACUCCUACGAGGUGUGGAAGUAAAGGCCAAGGGUCAAGGACUCAGGGAAAGGAGCUCCACACUGGGCCUCUUGAAAACACACACUCAAAUGCACACUCCUGUUUGCAGAUCUCGCUAUGGGUCUAGAUGGAAAUGGCACACUUAAAUACGUUUCAACUUAUAUAUGUGUGUUUUUCACAUAAAAAUUUGGGGGGGAGGUAAUUAUGUAAAAAAGACAGCAUUAAAAAGGCUUUAUGGAUAGGCAGUCUGUUUUCAUCAGAUACAAUCAUUGAUGUGGUACAAGUUCCCAUCCAGUAUUUCAAUCAGAGAACAUGGGUAUAAAAGAAACUGACAUCUCAAUAUAGCAUCAGUAGUUUCUAAGAUACACGUGAGCAUGGGGAAACAUUGGGUUCCAUUUUCAAAUAAGAAGCUCAGUGAGGAUGAUAGAAGUGAAAAAAACAUAGUUUGAUGAAGAGUCUAAGUUUCACUGGCCUUAGGUGGACAGCAUAAUAAGAUACAGAAUUUAGUUUGAAUUAAAAGGCUAUUAGAUUUUGUUAGGAAAAGAAAAAUCAAGAAACACCAAUCAAAAAGCAUUUGGGUAUUUUGCCCCUGUGAUUCGGAGACACCCUUCUAAGUAGGAGCAUUGUUUAUUAAUGCUGAUAAUGCAAACAGUUGGAUGCUGGCAAAUGUUUUUUCUUCUGUGUUUUACUGCCCUGAGUGAAUUAGUCCUCUGUCCCUCAUUUUUUAAACCUUCCAUUCAAUUUCAGACAAGCAGCAGACUUCAUGAGGGGACAAUAUCACCCUUCGGAGACUGAAAAAUAUAUGUGUACGUGUAAUUUUUAUUGCUUACUAAUGUGUAAUGCACAGAUUUGUUUGUACUUACAGCUUUACUACCUACAGGUUGUUAUUUGGUU